AUGGCCAAGGAUAUAUUAACGGCGGACUACUCGAAGGACCCGCUGCUCCUGCCUUUGGAGGCCCAGAUUCUUGCGCAGUACCAAUUGUUGGCGGUCAAGCUAAACACGUUAUCGGACGAGAUACGAAAACUCAAUCACACCAAUGUGAAGACUACUUCGGAGAAUUCGCUAGACCAAAUAGACGGGUCUGCCACUGAGUUGGCCGAAACCUUGAGGGGCCUUGAGUUGAAGAUAGGACUCGUUUACACUCUUUUCAAAGGUGCAGUGUAUUCCCUCUUCUUACAAGGAGCGGAAGAGAAACAGGUGUUGAAUGAAGAUUUAAUUAACACAAGCGGCCAAGCGCAAGACGAGUCUCAAGAGUACCCUAGCGAUGAAGAGUCGUGA